GUACAGUGAAGCUAUCGGAACGUCGCUGCGUUAUCGAUUGAAAAAGUGGCAAGAACGGGUGUUAUCUAAGCAGAAGGAAGCUUAGUGUACGGAGGUAACAAUGAAUUCCAGACGCACCAAACAGGAACCGGGUGUGGGCAUUAAAAGGUACUUCGGUACCCGUUCGGUAAGCUCGGCUGGGGGGACGCCUGAAACGCCAGCCACCAGAAAGGGUCGCUCGCAAACGAGUACGGCCGCGGUUACGCUGCAAACGCCAAGUGCACCGUUGAAGGUAGCGAAACAGGAGAAGCCGGACGAUGUCGACUUGAUGAUGCCUUCGGAGCAAGACGAAGAAGACGGUGGUUGCUACUUCGUGGACCAGAAGGGCAAUUACUACUAUCAGGCCAGCGAAGACGCGGAACCGGUCCUGACGAACCUGACCGCCGAACCGUUUGAUGAGGAUAAUGGUGAGGGCAUCAAAGCGGAGCAGGACGUUAGCUACGUGCUAAUCAUGGACGACGGUGAACACAAGUCUACGAUCGUGGCUGAUACGCAGGACGCCAACAUGGAGGGCGACGAUGAUGAGAUCUACACCUUUGAGGACCAAGAGCUACCGACGGACGAUACAAAAGCAAACAAGCAGAGACGCAAAAAAGGCGGUCAAUCGGCGACCGGUUCAACGUACAUGUGCAACUACUGUAACUAUACCAGCAACAAGCUGUUUCUGCUUUCGCGCCACCUCAAGUCACACUCCGAGGACCGGCCACACAAGUGUUCGGUGUGUGAGCGAGGCUUUAAAACGCUCGCCUCGCUGCAGAACCACGUCAACACGCACACCGGAACUAAGCCGCACCGCUGCAAGCACUGUUCGACGUGCUUUACCACGUCCGGGGAGCUGGUGCGCCACGUCCGCUAUCGCCACACCCUCGAGCGGCCGCACAAGUGCAACGAAUGCGACUAUUCCAGUGUGGAGUUAAGCAAAUUGAAGCGCCACAUCCGGACACACACGGGCGAGAAACCGUUCCAGUGUCCGCACUGCACGUACGCAUCGCCGGAUAAGUUCAAACUGACGCGCCACUUGCGCAUACACACCGGCGAAAAGCCGUACAGCUGUGACGUGUGCUUUGCGCGCUUCACGCAAUCGAACUCGCUGAAGGCACACAAAAUGAUCCAUCAAGUGGGCGACAAACCCGUGUACCAGUGUGACCUGUGUCCGACUACGUGCGGCCGCAAGACCGAUCUGCGCAUUCACGUGCAGAAGCUGCACACCGCCGACAAACCGAUCAAGUGCCGACGCUGUGACAGCAUGUUCGCCGAUCGGUACACGUACAAGAUUCACGCGAAGACGCACGAUGGCGAAAAGUGCUACAAGUGUGACUUCUGCCCGUACGCAUCGAUCUCGAUGCGCCACCUCGAGUCGCAUCUGCUGCUACACACCGACCAGAAACCGUUCAAGUGCGACACGUGCUCGCACUCGUUCCGCCAGAAGCAGCUCCUGAAGCGACACAUCAAUCUGUACCACAACCCGGACUACAUACAGCCGGAACCGCUGGUGAAAACGCAUGGCUGUCCGAGCUGCCCGCGGCGCUUCCGGCACAAGGGCAACCUCAUGCGGCACAUGUCGAUGCACGAUCCCGAAUCGGCGAUGCACGCGGAGCUGGUGGCUUUGCGCGAGGGUCGGCAGAAGAAGGUACAGAUCACGCUGGAGGAGGGAACAUACUACGACGAGGACGACGAGCUGGAAAUAGAAGAAGAGGAGGACUACGAAAUCGAGACGCACGAGGAUGGAGGGAAAGACCAGCAGCCGAAAAAUACACCCGAUCAGGACGCCACCAGCGACGUGUACACCGUCGAGGAAGACGAUGGACAGUUUGUGGUGCUGGAGGUGAUACAGCUGCAGGACAAGGAUAAAAAGAGUAAGAAAGGCACACGCGAGGAGACCACCGCAGCGACCACGACCACAAAACUUGGCAGACCACGCACUAAACAGCGAAAGGUGGAAACCACGAAAAUGGUCGCACAGAAGGUGAAAAUAAAGAAGGAAUCGCUGGACGUGCGAGACAACGAAGAUUCGCUGGACGGGGAGCAGAUUUCCCUGGUCCUGGCUCCCGCGGGAGAGAAUGAUGAUGACGAAACUGAAAUUGUUAUCGAACGGCAGGACUCUGACAACGAGUUUGAGCUCUCGUCCGCAGAUCUGGAAAAUGCAGAAAUGUUGAUGUCGUCUCGGGGGCGCUUCGACAUCGCCACCAUCAACGUGAACCAAAGAGACAUCGAGAAGAACAUGAGCAACUGUUUCGGGUUUGAGGAUGACGAAGACGACGACGACGAUGACGAGAACAUGGAUCAAAAGCCGACAAUGACGUUGCUGAACUGAAGCGUGAGACAUUUAUGCUACAUCCCCCCUACUGUCCGGCUAUGAAACUGACGCUUCUCUUCCUCGGCUUAGUAAAAGAACCUGGUGUUCUUUACGAAAUGUGCCACCAGUACGCCUCGUCGAUGAGUUGACUUCAACCCAUGUGUCGGCAUGAGAAUUAAGUAGAAAGACUGCGGUGAAGACCAGCUUGAACGGAGUUGGAUCGUUUUCACGUAUGACCAUCGGAAUAAAGACGCGUUUCGUUAAUUAUCAACCGAACACAAUAACGUAAAGCGGCGUAAAAGCUUAAGCGUUUGUAGCUGUAGGCCUCUUCUGAUUGUAAGUUAUUAUUUAAACAAAAUCGUCAUUAAGCGAUGUGGCAUGUAUAGGUGUAGUCAUCCGUUUCUCUAAUUGCUUAUAUUUAUAUGAAU